CAUAUGACCUCCCCUCAUCCCAGAAUGAAGACAGACGCUCACCAGUCACUCUCUGCCAUCAUGAGUCUUCAAAUGCAGUUAUAUUUUUUGUUUCUUAUUUACCUUUUAUGUAAUGUGGAUGGAAAUGUGGAACUGCAACAGAAAAGCUCAUUGAUCAAAUCUGUGGACAAGACAGUUGUUAUAGACUGUAAUUAUCCAUCAGACUGCAGUGGCUACAUUCACUGGUAUCAACUAAAGGAGGAAAACCCCUUAAGAAGAAUAUUAUAUUCAUCAAUUUCAGGUGGAGCCACAAACAAUGAUGCUGGUUUUGAAUCAUUUAAAAUAGAUAGGAAACCGUCAAAUUUGGCUCUGAAAAUACCUGAACUGAAAGAAGAGCACUCAGCGGUGUAUUACUGUGCCUGCUGGCAAAUGACUGUGGGAGACAAGAAAGUCUUUGGUUCGGGUACUCGACUUUAUGUGACAGGUCCAGGAAACACGGUUGAGUCACCAAAGGUGUCUGGAUACCUACCGUCAAAGAAAUACAGUGACAAACAUGGCAAACAGACAAUGUUAUGCCAUGCAAGUGGCACGGUUCCUUACUUGGUGAAAUUCACAUGGGCAAAAAAGAGCGAAACAGAAGAAUGGACGGCUGUACCAAAGGAAGAUGUUGUGGAACAGAGUUACAAAGAUAAAAAAAUUGUGACAAGUAUGAUGAUUGUAGAUAAAAACACGGCCGAAAACAACAGCUACAAAAAAAUACUUGAAAUGAAGAGAGAAGACAUUAAAACAGCAAAGGGACCUAGCCCAACAUGUCCACCCGACUCUGAGGAGACCAUGCAAAUAUCAGGAGAUUCAGAGCAAAUAUCCAGUCUGUACGUGUUUGUCUAUGCAUAUGGUGUCAUGAUCAUGAAGAACGGACUGUAUUUUUGUGUUGUGUCUAUCUUUCUUUUAAAGAGAAAAGCUGGAAGAAAGAAAGACGAAAGCUCUUAGAGAUUUAAUGCUAAGAUAAGAUAAAUAUCAAGCAAGCAAAGGUUUAUUAGCAUGUUUCGCUGACUAAAGAAUAGAUGCGUAUCUGCAGCUAUGUUAUCUCUGCUUAACCAUAUUGCUUUUAAAUUCAUUGUAGAUCUGCUUUGCACAAUUUAUUUUUGCAUCUUUGAAAUGCGAUAUUUAGAUUUUUUUUUAAAAAAUGUGUAAUGUACCCAAAUUUAAAAUGCAUUUUAUUUUCACAUUGUAUUCUGUUUUCUUGCAUUCUCAGAAUAAAAUCUGCUCAUAGAAUAAAUGAAAUGUUAUUUUUAGGUGUGUAAUAAAAGGAAUUCUCUAUAUAAA